UUUUUCGUCUUUCGAGUGUUUUGAUUUUAGAUAUUUUGAAGUUUUUCGCCAAUUUUACUUCAAAAGAUCGAAUUUUUUAAAGAAAUCCUUUUUAUUUUCCGAAAUCUCGAUUUUUUCAAUUUUAUUUUUAUGCGGAUUAGGGUUGACAUAACCAGUUAUUAACCGGUAUCUCCUAUUUAGGUUCUGGUUAAUUCGGCAAAACCCCGGUUAACGGUUUCGGUUCGCUUAACCGUUUUGCCCAACCCUGAUAUUCAAUUUAAUCAAAAAUUCUAUCAUUUUUAGAUAAAUUGGCAAACUUUAUUAAACAAUUAUAAUUGAAUAAAGCAUGGCUGAUGAUCAGGUUCUUAUUUUCACCCAAUAAUUAGGGUUGCCGUUUUCGAACCGGGAUGUUCGAUCAUUUUUUCGGGCCUCAUUUUUAUCUAAUUGGGCCGUUAGAGUCUUUCCCUUUGCGGACUCAUUUAUGUAAAGAAUGGUCAGUCGUUCUUUCUCAUUAUCACUAUUUACCUGUGGCAGCAUUCAAUAAGCCAUUUAUACAUAAGUUAGUCCGCAAAAAAGGUAGUGAUAAACGAAGAAUACCUUAAAAAUUUUCAGCGGCCGCCGGGUCGUCAAGCGGAUGAAGCAAUAGUUCCUCUUACGGGUGAACGAGGAAAUAACGACAAAAAGAAAGGCGGAUGGAAGGAUAAAAAGAAUACUAUCAAAAAAUCGUUCAAAGUCAAAUCAAACGAUGAGAAGAAAACCGAAGAUUUGGCUGAGCUUAAGAAGGAAAUGAAAAUGGAUGAACAUCGUAUUCCUUUGGAAGAAUUAUGUGCUGCUUAUGAAACCGAUAUUGAAAGGGGUUUGACAAGUGCUCAGGCCGAGAAGGUUUUGGCUCGUGAUGGGUUAAAUGCACUUUCUCCACCACGUACAACACCUGAAUGGGUGAAAUUCUGCAAGAAUUUGUUUGGCGGUUUUGCUCUUCUUUUGUGGGUUGGCGCUCUUCUUUGCUAUGUUGCACACACUGUUGAUGCUAUGACUCUUGAACAUCCAUCGAAAGACAAUCUUUAUUUGGGAAUUGUGUUGAUGACUGUGGUUAUUAUUACUGGAUGUUUUCAGUACUUUCAAGAGCGGAAAAGUUCACAGAUUAUGGAAUCGUUCAAAAAUCUUGUGCCGACUUUUGCUUUGAUAAUUCGUGAUGGAGAGAAACGACAGAUUCCAAGCGCUAAUUUGGUUGUCGGUGAUAUUGUUGAAGUCAAGGGUGGUGAUCGCAUUCCUGCUGAUAUUCGAAUUAUUAGAGCGCAUGGUUUUAAGUCCGAGCCACAAACUCGUACAAACGAACAAUCUGAGGAUGAGCCGUUAGAAGCUCGUAAUUUGGCUUUCUUUUCGACUAAUGCCGUUGAGGGAACUGCUACCGGUGUUGUUGUGAACACGGGAGAUAGAACGGUCAUGGGACGUAUUGCUCAUUUGGCAUCCGAUUUAGAUUCUGGAAAGACGCCAAUUGCUCGAGAAAUUGAACAUUUUAUUCAUAUUAUUACAGCUGUCGCUGUCUUUUUGGGCGUUACAUUCUUUAUUAUAGCUUUCAUUCUUGGUUAUCAUUGGCUUACUGCAGUCGUCUUCCUUAUCGGAAUAAUUGUUGCUAAUGUUCCCGAAGGCUUGAUUGCAACCGUUACUGUUUGCCUGACUUUGACUGCUAAACGUAUGGCUCAACGCAAUUGUCUUGUUAAGAAUUUGGAGGCAGUUGAGACACUUGGCUCGACUUCAACCAUUUGCUCUGACAAAACUGGCACAUUAACACAGAAUAGGCAAGUUUUGAGUUUUAUGAAUUUAAUGACUGUCGCCCACAUUUGGCAGAAUUUAAAUAUUGAAACCGUCAACACCUCGGAAGAUGCCGCUGCUGAUGAUAAUGUGGAUAAACAGAAAAAUGCAUCAGAAUUGCUUCGUGUUGCUGCUCUUUGCAACAGAGCUGAAUUUAAACCUGGACAGGAUGACGUUCCAAUUCUUAAACGUGAUUGCACUGGAGAUGCUUCAGAAAUUGCUUUACUAAAAUUUGCUGAACGCUCUUUAUAUGGUGGAGUCAUUCAGUAUCGUGCUGGUCAUCCUAAAAUUGCUGAAAUUCCAUUCAAUUCAACAAACAAAUAUCAAGUUUCUAUUCAUGCGUACGAAAAUGAUUCCAAUUUGUUGGUUAUGAAAGGAGCGCCAGAAAGAGUUUUGGCUCGUUGCGAUAAAAUUCUAAUUGAUGGACAGAUCCGUCAACUUGAUGAUAAAUUAAAAGAAACAUUUGAAAUUGCUUAUAUGGAAUUGGGAGGGAUGGGCGAAAGAGUUCUUGGUUUUUGUGAUUCUGUUCUAGAUAAAGAGAAAUAUCCAAAGGACUUUAAAUUUGAUACUGAUAAUCCAAACUUUCCCAUUGAUGGUCUCUGCUUCCUAGGGCUUAUUUCAAUGAUUGAUCCUCCUCGAGCGGCUGUUGUUAUGGUUACUGGUGAUCAUCCAAUUACUGCAAAAGCGAUAGCCAAAUCUGUUGGAAUUAUUUCCCCAGAAACUGAGACUGUCGAGGAUAUUGCUAUUCGUAAAGGAAUCCCAGUUACACAAGUUAAUCCUAGAGAGGCAAAAGCUAUUGUUGUUCAUGGAUCUGAUUUGAGAGAAAUGACUGAGGAUCAGCUUAACGAGAUUAUUGCUGAACAUUCUGAAAUUGUGUUUGCUCGAACAUCGCCUCAACAAAAGUUGAUGAUUGUUGAAGGAUUCCAACGUAGCGGGCAGAUUGUUGCAGUUACUGGGGAUGGUGUUAAUGACUCUCCUGCAUUGAAAAAAGCAGAUAUUGGUGUUGCUAUGGGCAUUGCUGGCUCUGAUGUUUCAAAACAAGCGGCGGACAUGAUUCUGUUGGACGAUAAUUUUGCUGAAGGACGUUUAAUUUUUGAUAAUUUGAAGAAGUCGAUUGCUUAUACACUUACUUCAAACAUCCCAGAAAUUUCUCCAUUUCUCGUUCAUAUUAUUCUUGGAAUUCCAUUACCAUUGGGAACAGUACCAGCAAUUAGCUUGGCUUAUGAAGAGUCAGAGUCUGACAUAAUGAAGCGUCAACCUCGCGAUCCUUUCCGAGACAAACUUGUUAAUGAACGUUUAAUUUCUUUAGCUUAUGGUCAAAUUGGAAUGAUACAGGCAUCUGCUGGAUUCUUUUCUUACUUUUGGAUUAUGGCUGACAAUGGAUUUAUGCCUCUUGAUUUGUUCCAACUCCGCGCUGAAUGGGAUUCGCGUGCAAUAAAUAAUGUUUUGGAUAGCUAUGGACAAGAAUGGACCUAUGCAAACCGAAAAAUUUUGGAACAUACAUGUCAAACUGCCUAUUUUGUCUCCAUCGUUAUUGUCCAAUGGGCUGAUCUUAUAAUUUCUAAAACCCGCCGAAAUUCAAUUGUUCAGCAGGGAAUGUCUAAUUGGAUUUUGAAUUUUGGAUUAGUUUUUGAGACUGUACUUGCUGCUCUUCUCUGCUACCUUCCUGGAACAGAUCAGGGCCUUCGCAUGUAUGGACUUAGAUUUACUUGGUGGUUCCCGGCAAUCCCCUUUUCGAUACUCAUUUUUGUUUACGAUGAAUUUCGCCGUUAUUUGAUUCGUCGUUAUCCAAAAGGAUGGGUUGAGCGUGAAACUUAUUAUUGA